UGACCAGAUGACUCUACUGACCUAGGCUGUGAGGCUGUGAAGAAACCAUGAUGCGAUGACCACUGACUGAGUACAGGAGUCGCAGUGCUACAUGACCUAUGCUGAACUACUAGUACUGUAGUAGUCUACAAUUAUUAUAAGUAGUUACAAAACUAGACUAGUAGUUACAUUUGCUAACUGUGUGGAAGAACAGACGGGCCGGCGCCGAUAGCUCGCCGAAACAGCCCGCUCGAGACUGCAACAAGAAGAAGAACGCUACAUGCAGCGCUACCACUAGUACCAGUGCAGUAGAAACGGUUUCCCGGAGUGAACUAGUAAUCAAUGCGAUAGAUGUCAGUGUAGCGUUUCUGUUGAAUCGAGCUUUCUUUGUUGCUUUAGACUUAGUGGUCGCAUUUUGAUCGGUUCAUCAUUUUAGAUCUUCCUAGGGUAUUUUGGCGGGUAUCCAAUAUCGUUGCGAUGGGCAAGGAGAAAGGCAAGGCAACCACACAAACAGAACCAGCGGAACCAGCUGCAACUAGCUCUGUUAGAGCUUCAUCAACGUCCAAGGAAAUUCUCCUGCAAAAAAGUGAGAAGGUAAAGCUGAUAAAUGAGGAGCUGGAAGAUUUGCUGGCGAGAUGCCGCUCAGCAGGGCUGAACGAUCACGAGACACGGCAGUGUGCUGGCUAUUUUCAAAACGCUGCACAUCAAGUGCGAAGGAAGAAGCUACUACGAUACGUGUGCAUUUAUUCGUUCCUGGUAGCCAGCCUCUGCGGAGCAUUUUACUUCAACCCCACCUACAACUGGAUAUCAGCCCACGCUAGAUUGGCAAGCAUACAGUUUAUUCCGUACUACGAUUUCACCAAGAUGUACAAUGACCAAUGCCUUGUCAACAACCCGUUGUAUGAGGAGCCAACUCAAGAGCUGAGCUGUGAUAUUUGCAAGGAAUUAGGUGAUGCUAUUGAGAGUGUAACAGCUGCAGAAGCUUCACCAUCAGUGAUCAUGAAUGACUUCCUGGACAUCCAAGUUCCUGUUGUCAUUACGAAAGCACUGGGCUCCUGGCCUGCAGUCAACAACAAGUUGGAUCUUGAUGAUAUUUACAAGCUCUAUAAGGAAUCAAAGGUGCUGAGAGACAACUUUUCAACAGGUCCACACUGCCAGAUUGUCGGCCCAAGAGACACCUUCGAAGACGUACUGGAUGCUCUUGGCAAACGAGAGGAUGUGACUUCGUUUUCAGCAGCGUGGCAAAACUGUGAGAUCAAAGCCUACAAGGAAUUCCGUAAGCUGUAUCGUCGUCCAGACUUCCUACCACCAGCAGCCGAGGCAUCACAGUAUAACACUGUUAUAACGUCCUUUGGGAAGAAGAAAGAAGCAGGAGAGUUUACGUCUCAAUCUCUUGGCCUUGUGCAAGGAGAGAAUGACCUGGCAGUUUGGAUUGGACAGGUAUCUGGUGAGCUCCACUACACUAUAUCUCCGGUGGGAGAAUGCUCAAAGUGCCAGACAUUUGACGUCUACCUUGGUGAAAAUGAUUUCUUGAUUGUUCCGUUAGACCUGUGGGAAGUAUCAUAUAGACCUGUAUCGGCAUCGGCACCAGACGCUUACGCUAUUAUGUCCGGUCUGGUCUGGGAUCGUUCCUAGACAGCGGCAUGGCAGUGCUGCACUGAUUUUUAUCAGAAUUACACAUCUAUUUUCUCAAAUGAUAACAGCAUCGUAUAUUUUAGUCUGUUCCUCACGCAUAUGACUCUAUUGGAAUGACAGGCAGUGUCACUCAGUUCUGAUUGAGUUCUUCAUCACGUGCAGCUGUAUAUCAAUAUUGGCUUUUGAUGGGUGUAUUGGAUUAUUUCUUUCAGGUGUUAUGAGCUAUGGCACAUUAGCUACGAAAUGAAAUCUAACUCCAACAUGCAGUCUCAGAACAUGACUUUAUGGGCAUA